AUGGAUAAAGUGGAUCCAGAGAACUGCACAAAGCCGUCCAAGUUUGCAGCUAUAAGGACAAAGUGGAACAAAUACGCCAAUAACGCAACUCUACAUGGUCUGUCACAUAUUGUCUCCAGCAGAACGGUUCUGCGACGAGUCUUAUGGUGUAUAUUUCUUUUAACGGGAAUUGGGUACGUGUCUUAUCAAUGGACGUGGCUUGUCAGGAAAUAUCUUAGCUACCCAGUGAACUCAAAAGUAACCGUGGAAUUCGAGUCAACCCUUGAAUUUCCAGCCAUAACAAUCUGCAACUUUAACAUGCUGAGACAGUCAUUCGUCGAUCAAGAGAAUUUAGGAAAUGUUGGCAAGUACGUGUUAAGUAACAAACUUCCCUGGUGGGAAGAAAAGACAGGCGAAAUCGAUUGGAAACGCUUUGAAAAUGUCAGCACUUCGGCUACUUAUUCCAUGGCAGGACAUCAAAUUAAGGAUAUGGUUAUGGAAUGCUACUGGAUUGGUGAAAUGUGUAGCUUUCGCAAUUUUACGCCUGUUUUGACCUCUAUGGGGCUUUGCCACACAUUUAAUUCAGGUCAGUAUGUUUGGUUUUGA